AUGACAACAAUCACACAAACAAUCGCUGUUAGCGAUGAAAUCCUUUUCAAGACGAAAAAUAUCAAUAAUAUCACAUUCCAUGACUUGCCAACACCCGAAGAACCAGAUAUUCCCCUUCCACCUCCAUCAGUCAACCCGACCGAGAUUCUAGAACUCGAUAAAGCAACACCAGACAACCAUGUUCCUCGAGAUCCAAGACUUAUUCGAUUAACGGGUGUGCAUCCGUUCAAUGUUGAGGCUCCCCUCACAGCAUUAUUCAAAGAAGGUUUCCUGACAUCUCCCGAAUUAUUUUAUGUCCGCAAUCACGGCCCUGUACCACAGGUUCGAGAUGAAGAUAUUCCUAACUGGGAAAUAAGUAUAGAAGGACUAGUGGAAAACCCUAUGACUUUGAGUUUUCGAGAUAUCCUACAGAACUAUGACCAAAUCACAACCCCAAUCACACUCGUCUGUGCCGGAAACAGACGAAAAGAACAAAACACAGUGCGAAAGUCGAAGGGUUUCUCAUGGGGCCCGGCUGGACUCUCCACGGCUCUGUGGACUGGCCCUAUGAUGGCCGAUGUGCUACGCAGCGCGAAACCACUUCGACGAGCGAAGUAUGUUUGCAUGGAAGGUGCCGAUAAACUGCCCAACGGAUAUUACGGCACAUCGGUUAAGUUAAAUUGGGCCAUGGACUUUAACAGGGGUAUCAUGUUGGCUCACAAGAUGAACGGCGAAGACUUACGGCCCGACCAUGGACGACCCUUGAGAGCUGUUGUGCCUGGACAGAUUGGCGGACGAAGCGUCAAGUGGAUCAAGAAGCUCAUUGUGACUGAUACACCAAGUGAGAAUUGGUACCACAUUUAUGAUAAUAGGGUGCUACCUACAACGGUAUCACCCGAGAUGGCUGCCGAGAACAAGGACUGGUGGACUGACGAGCGGUAUGCUAUUUACGAUCUUAACGUCAACUCCGUUGCCGCAGUUCCCGAACACGAGGAAGUGUUAGACCUGGCGACCGCUGGCUCGUCAUACACCGCAAGGGGUUAUGCAUAUGCCGGGGGUGGACGACGAAUUACAAGAGUCGAGAUUUCUCUUGAUAAUGGCAAAUCAUGGAGACUCGCCGAUAUUGAAUACGGUGAAGACAAGUACCGAGACUUUGAGGGCGAUCUGUUCGGCGGCAAAGUCGACAUGUGGAAACGAGAAAGUUGUUUUUGCUGGUCAUUCUGGUCGCUAGAUAUCCCGGUUCCAGAUCUAGAGGAUAGUGGCGCUCUGUUGGUCAGGGCUAUGGAUGAGGGAAUGAUGGCGCAGCCUCGCGACAUGUACUGGUCUGUCCUGGGUAUGAUGAACAACCCUUGGUUCCGAGUGAAAAUUACAAAGGAGAACAACCGUUUGAAAUUCGAGCACCCAACUCAUCCUGUUAGGGCUGGUGGUUGGAUGGAAAAGGCCAAAAAAGCCGGCGGUGACCUAACAAAUGGCAAUUGGGGCGAGAGAGUCCAAGGAGAAGCCCCAGUUGAGGUGGAGCCGGUGAAAGAAGUAAAUAUGAAGAAAGAGGGACUGAAUCGCCAAAUUGAUUUGCAAGAGUUGAGGGCAAACAGCAGUGCCGAGAAACCAUGGUUUGUAGUAAAUGGAGAAGUGUAUGACGGAACAGCAUUCCUUGAAGGCCACCCGGGAGGUGCAAUCAGUAUUACAACGUCAGCUGGACUGGAUGUUUCUGAGGAUUUCUUGGCCAUUCACAGCGAAACGGCCAAACUAAUGAUGCCUGCAUAUCAUAUCGGCACGUUGGACAAAGCUUCUCUCGAAACCCUCAAUAAUAACGCCACGGAAACCUCAAGUGAACCACGUCCAACCUUCCUCCAAUCAACCGCAUGGGGAAAGAUGAAACUUUCCGAAAUAAAAACCGUGUCCUGGGAUACUCGGAUCUUCGUCUUUGACCUUGAGCACGAUAAGCAGACUCUGGGACUGCCAAUAGGCCAGCACCUAAUGAUCAAGGUUCCGGACCUGGCCACGAAGGAAUCAAUAAUUCGAUCGUACACGCCUAUAUCAGAAACAAGUCUGGAAGGGAAGGUCGAGUUGUUGGUCAAAAUAUAUUUCCCGACUGAUGGCAUUCCUGGGGGAAAGAUGACCUUGGCUCUUGACGCUCUCACUUUAGGAGCCGAGAUUGCCUGUAAGGGUCCAACCGGUCGUUUUGAGUAUCUCGGCAAUGGCCGAGUUACAAUUAGCGGCAAGGAGCGCAAAGUCCGCUCAUUCAAGAUGAUAUGUGGUGGAACAGGUAUCACACCCAUAUUCCAAGUUCUGCGUGCCAUUAUGCAAGAUCCUGAAGACCCGACCACGUGCGUUGUUCUCGAUGGCAACAGGUUGGAAGAAGAUAUUCUUUGUAGGGCUGAGCUUGAUGCCUAUGUUGCUUUGGAUAGUCGGAAAUGUACGGUUGUACACACUUUGUCCAAGGCAGCAGAUGCGUGGGUGGGCCUUCGUGGACGAAUCUCCGAGAAACUCAUCCAGGAAUACGUGAUGCCUGAAGAAGAAAGCAUGGUCAUUCUCUGUGGGCCGGAGUCAAUGGAAAAAUCAGCUGCCAAGAUUCUCCUUGACCAAGGCUGGGCAAAGUCGGAUCUUCACUUCUUCUAA